AUGGAUGCAGCAGAACCCUCAUGGCUGAGUUCCUUGAACCAGAAUCAACUCAAGGCGGUUCAGCGGCCAGCUGAUGGAAGUCUCCAGAUCCUUGCUGGGCCAGGCAGUGGGAAAACUCGUGUAUUGACUUAUAGAAUUGCGUAUUUGUUGAGAAAAUGCGGGAUCUCGCCCCCGUCUUUGGUCGCCGUGACAUUCACCAAUAAGUCGGCCAAGGAGAUGCAGAACCGCCUGGCUGCACUGAUCGGCGGCUCGCUGGUAAGCGAAGUUAUCUUGGGUACCUUUCAUGGCAUGUGCGUGACCUUUUUGAGAAAACACGGCACAAAGAUUGGACUAAGGCCGAACUGGGUGAUAUGCGACCGCGAUCAACAGCUACAGUAUGGCAAAACUGCUCUCAAGGAUCCCCAAUUCUCCGAGGAAGUCCAAGACCAAUCUAUCAAGCCGAAAGCCGUAGUGGAAGCGAUCUCAAAGGCAAAAUCUCAAGGAUUCUCACCCGAAGAAACGCUUCGACGAGCCGAAACUCCUUACCAAAAGCUUAUGGCAAUGCUAUAUCGAUCUUAUAUCGAUUUGCUCUACGCGGAUAACUGUCUGGACUUUGAUGACCUAUUGUUGCUUGGCGAAAAAUUAUUCCGGUCCCAUCCAGCAAUCAUUGCUCACAUCGAACACGUAUUGAUUGACGAGUUUCAAGACACAAAUACUGUCCAAUACGAAAUAAUGAGACUCCUUGCGCACAGAGGUGCUGUCACAGUUGUGGGGGAUCCUGAUCAGGGAAUUUAUGGCUUCCGCUAUGCUCAAGCUAUUAACCUCGAGAAGAUGACAAAAGACUUCCCAGGCACUCAGGUUGCCUUAUUGGAAGAGAACUACCGCUCCAGCUCAUCUAUCUUGAAAGCAUCUCUUGCUGUCGUUCAACAAGAUAACGACCGAAUUGACAAAAAUCUUUACACCAGUCAUCCACGAGUUAGUUUGCCGAUGGCUCGACCAUUUGCCAAUCCAAUUGAAGAAGCUGCUUUUAUUGCGCAAGAAAUACACCGUUUGGUCGCACACACUGGCGGUCAACUGGACUAUAAUGAUUUUUGUAUUUUGAUGCGGUACAAUGCACUGAGUCGCAACCUAGAAACUGCAUUGAAGACUGCCAGAAUCCCAGUCCGCAUGAUUGGUGCCCAAAAGUUCUUUGAGCGCGUCGAAGUUAAAGACAUCCUAGCCUACCUCCAGCUUGCUGAUAACCCAACCUUCUCCCCAGCAUUUGAGCGGGUCAUCAACACUCCUCGGCGAAAGCUUGGUCUCGCCGCCAUCACCGCUGUUAAGGCUGCUUCUCUGACUCAUAAAAUCAGCCAAAUGGAAGUCAUAGUUCAGGCGGUGCGAGGUAAGCGUUUCGACGGUAUCCAACCAGCGCAGACUGAAACCUUCAAGAAGUUUCUUUCUAUAAUAUGUAACAUUCAGGCCAUGGCGCAAGAGGGCUCGCCCGUCGCCGAUAUCAUUGAUCAUUUGGUUGAACGAAUCAACUAUGCAGAUCAUCUCCAAAAAACGUAUGGACCUGAUGCAGUGCAACGAGAUCAAAAUAUUCAAGAAUUGAAAGCUUUUGCGACACACCUCGCCCAAGAGUCUCGAGCAGCAUCCAAUUCACAGCCUUUGUCGCCAGUCAAAGAUCUGAACAAACCGCCCGCCAAAGCGGGCAAUCGCCCGAAUUUCACCAUGUCUGAUGCAGAUUUAGACCGACUCGAAGCAAUGUUCAAUAUGGACCAUACCCUUCCUGACGACAUUGAGGAAAUAACACCAUUGAGACAAUUUCUCGUUGAAUCAAGCCUUUCGACGGACACCGAUACACAGGAGUCGAAGGAUGACAACAAUCAACCCAGGGUUACCAUCACCACGUGCCAUUCGUCGAAAGGGCUUGAAUGGCCGGUAGUGUUUGUGAUAGCUGUCGAAGAUGGGAUCUUUCCAUUUUAUCGAUGUAGCGAGCCGGAAGAAAUAAAGGAAGAGAGGCGCCUAUUAUUCGUAGCUAUGACUCGGGCCCAGGGCCUUCUAUAUCUCACGCAUGCGGUUGAGCGGAUGCAAGGAGCGGAGACUCGAUCCCAGGAGGUCUCUUGCUUUCUCAAAAAGUUACUCAAACAGGGCACCACUCACAGCUCUGCCCCGGAUUGCACCUUUACUCAACAGCUGCCAGAAGUCGACUCCGGCAUGCUUCAGGAACUAUCCACUGUGAUCGGACGCCCGGCGGCACCGGACAAGGUUAUCAAAAAUUGGAUUGAAGACUACGAUUCGAAAGAAAGAAAGACGUUUAGUAUCCCUGAUCCGAGCGCCAGGAGGUCUAGCUACCCAGGCAGUUCGCAAGAAAGCAAGCAAAACUACAACCGUUGGGGGAAGAAUCGCGGACCAGCUUCAUUAGGUCGGUUUUCAACACCAGCGGUCAAGACAGCCGUCGAUGUUCCCCCUCGUGGCUCUUUUCGAACGAAGUCGGGCCCUGCCACAUUUACUUCGGCAGCGCAUUAUGACCCAAACGCUCAAGCAAGCAGCAGCAAUAAGCCAGUAAUCAGUGGAACGACUGGGAAGUUUUCGACACCAGCCCUAAGAACAUUAUCGCAGCCAACUCCCCAGGUCAAAGUAUCAGCGUUACAUAAACCAUUUGUCCCACCCAGGCCACAACUAUCCAGCCAAGAAUCCGUGACUGUGAAGACGGAGGAGCCGCCUUCUUCAAGCUGUCCUCCAUGCAAUCCCGCAACUAGGAAAGGAGGGUUAGAUAGAUUGAAGGCUAUAUCCCAAGAACUCAUCGCAGAUCUGAAGGAUAACAUUCCUGAGGGCUUGUUUGAUGAUAUUUCGGACUUCGAGGAUCCGAUUAAACCAGAACCUUCUACUUCCAAGUCCGAUGCUGCGCCAGGGCGUAAGCGUCGAAAAGCCGCGGGGCGACCGACCAAAUCGAAGAAAAAGACACCGGGUCCAGCCAAGAAAAAGUAA